CUCACCCAUGGUCGGGCAAUUUCUUCUAUUGAGGUUUAAUUCCCACCAUCUCGGGUCGCGUAUCUGUGUGUUAUUUUAUUACCAUUAUCAUUACUAUAUUCUUAGUUUCAUCGCACGACCGUCGGAAAGCUUCCUUCGUCCAUUCCUAGCCGGGCUGGAGAAUCUAACUCACACUUGCCCACAGAUUCUCAUUGCACCGACGAAUGGCAAUGCACGAAAGCCAUCCUAUCCCUGUCGCGCGGUAAGUGAAUGAAUGCAUACAUGGCUCCUGCCAUUUAGUAGGGUUCUGUUAAGAAGGCGCCGUACGGGGUACCCCAUACAGCCCAGGGGAAAAAGGGAAAAUCUGAAUCACUUUCGUCACAUUAUCAACCCUAUGAUUCGAUGUUCCGAUGGACACAUGUUCCCGAAGCGCGAUGGGAAGAGAUGGAUCGGCAGCCUGCACAUCCUUUCCUGGUUCUGCUUUGGCUGCUCACUCCCACUCGCUCCCACUCGCUCCCAGCCAUGAUCCGUCAGAAGCUUAAAAUCCGACCAGAGAGGGAAAAGUACGCCAGCCCACCUCCACUACCAGAUUGGGGGGGUUGGGACCAAAAGGACGAUACAUCGACAUCCAGCACAAAGUACUUACUCCUCCGUAUACAGAUGCAUCGUUCUUAUUUUAUUUUUAUUAUUUUUUCUUCCUAUUGCUGCAGGUGGAACAUAAAUGUGCUUUUUUGGCAACUCGUCUACGGCAGGCAAAAACACUAGUGGUGGCAAUUGCAAGACUUGGGUUGUAAGUAACUGAGGGGGUUAAGAUACCUCCGGUUGUAGUACCGUCUAGGUGCAUUAUCAGUGGCACUAGUCAGGAUAGCGGGAGGCACGAUGAGAGAAAGGUCGAGCGAAGCAUUCCGAUAUUGAUCCUGACCCCGUCUUGCGGCGAUGGAGGCAAAGCCACGAAUCCGAUGGCUCGAUCGACGUUGCAUGACCUCCCUGAUACAAUCUUCUGCCCUUUUUGUGGCUUAAUGAUCCGCCGCCGCCUCGGCAAUUGCUAAAGGGAGCUAAAGAGGAAUGGAGAAGUGAAAGGUUCGCUUCGCAUGGAGCCAUACAUAAUUUGUGACUUUUCGCUAGGGGAGGGGGUGGGAAAGUGGAAAAGGCGAGCCGUCUUGCUAUUGUUGGCGAGUGAUGAUUGAUCCGUGGCAACAAUAACAACAACAGGAAGAAGGGAAGGGGGAGGGAAGGAGGGAGGGUAAAAAAAAAAUAAAAU